AAUUUCGAUGGAAGCAAUUUCUCCAGAUCGAACCGAUUUCGUCUGUCUCGUCUGUUGCGGUAUACACUUGUUUCUCCAUCGAAGCAAUUUCGAUGCUCCAUCGAAGCUCUAGAUCGAACCGAUUUUGAAGCUCCGUUGAAGAUUCAGUGAUUUCCAGUGAAGAUUCAGAUAUUCGAAGCUCCAUCGAAGCUCAGAUCGACCCGAUUUCGAAGCUCCGUUGAAGAUUCAGUGAUUUCCAGUGAAGAUUCAGAUAUUCGAAGCUCCAUCGAAGCUCCAGAUCUGAACUCUGACCCCUCGAUUACUCGCAUUUCAAGCUUAAAUCGGUUGAUGGAGGAUCCUGCUGCAUAUGGAAAGUUGGGGCUGGCCAACCUUUUGGAACUAAGGGAAGACUGCUUGAGGGAGUUCUAUUUUGCUGAUGCCUAUAGGAGCAUAAAACAAAGGGAAAAUGAGGCAUCACUUGCUGUUCUGCCUGACCUGCUAAUGGAGAUUGAUAGCAUGAAUGAGGAAACAAGACUGCUUACCCUAAUUGAAGGUGUUCUUGCUGCAAACAUUUUUGAUUGGGGAUCCCGUGCCUGUGUUGAUCUCUAUCAUAAAGGAACAAUUAUUGAAAUAUAUAGAAUGAGUCGCAAAAAGAUGCAAAGACCAUGGCGAGUGGAUGAUUUUGAUCUUUUUAAGGAGAGAAUGUUAGGGUCUGGAGACAAGAAACCUCCACCACAUAAAAGAGCACUACUCUUUGUGGACAACUCAGGUGUUGAUGUGAUCCUGGGAAUGCUUCCACUAGCACGGGAACUCCUCCGAUGGGGAACUGAAGUUGUUCUGGUUGCAAACUCAUUCCCUGUACUAAAUGAUGUUACUGCUAUGGAGCUUCUUGAUAUUGUGGCUGAGGCUGCCAAGAUUGUGGGACAGUUGAAAUCCUUGCAGCUUGUUGCAAGCCUAACAGCAGAACGAGAUGGUGAAAUUCGGAAGGCUGCUUUAAAUACUCUAGCUACAUGUUAUAAGACCUUUGGCUCUGAAAGAUCUGUAUACACACCUGAUUCCCAUACAGAGAGUAAAGGAUCUGUAUACACACCUGAUUAUCUACUACCUGAUGAUGAUAAGUUUUUUAUUUUAAUUUUUUGUAUUUCUUCCCCAAAAUGAAACAUCAGGUUUUCAAUUAACCCCUUUUCAUGAUAGAGGAAUACAUUUUUACGGCUUUUAUAGUUUGUUUUUUAAUUACUAAUGCACCAGGAUCCUUGUUUUUAUUUUUAUUUUUUUUGUUAAUUCUGUUCAUGCUGCCAUUAGUAAAAAAAUUUUCCCCUUCCUCUGAAUUUUCUUGUACUGAACAGGGUAUGAAUGACAGAGUUGUCCCACCCUCAAUGACAGAUUUUGUGCAGCGGCUUCUACCAGGGACGAUGGUGCAUAAGCUCCUUUACGACGGCCAUUUCACCUAUUAUUAUUUCUGUGACGAAUGCCAUAGACAGAUUUAGAGAAGUCAUUUCACCUAUUAUUAUUUCUGUGAUGAAUGGCCAUUUCACCUAUUUACAUAACAGUUGGAGAUGGUGGAAACAUAGAAACACCUGAUGUUGAUCAUGCAGAUGACAAAUGUCCACCACAGAAUACUUACCAGAAAUUGGAGGGGUAUGCCAUUUGAAUUUCUCGCCUGGCCCUGCAAAAGGCAAAUUUUGUUGGGACAUAAAUAUGAACAUUUUAGGUUAAUUUCUAGAUUUACUCAAUCCUUUAAAAUUGGUAUGUACAGAUUUACAAUAAACAAAUCACUGAUUUGUUGGAUCCAAGCCAAAGAAACCUCCAGGUAAAGCUGUUAUGUCAAUUUUUACUUUUCCUUUUACGUUGUUUUGUAUAAUUUUUACUUUCUAUAAUUUAUUUCUUUUUAAUCAAAGUAUAGGAAUUUAGUUGGA